UACGGUCCGGUUGUGACGGCGAGAGGCGUGAUACUCUGAUCUGAAAAGCAUCAAAAGACCAGAAAGUGCGACGUGAUUACCGUGACCUUUUGAAUCGUCUUGUUCCGUCCUGUGUUUGUGAAGGUUGUUCACGGUGCCUGUGUAAGUGUAGUGCCUCGAGUGUGUUUUUUUGUUAAGUGAGCCAAAGAUUGGCCUCUAGCGGGGUGUGUGGUUUGCAUCCAUUUUGUUUUUUCGGGACCACAAUCAGCAUGGAAUGAUCCCGGGAGCGCAUCAUUCAAGUGAGAGCCAAUUGGAAGUGCUACCGAUUGGAUCGGAUUGGAAGGUAAAGGAAUGAUUCAUUAAUGCAAAUAAGAUUUGUGCUGAUGAGAAUAGCGAGCAGGAGCUAGCGAGUAACGUAAUCUCGGUCCGUCUGCGGCGUACGCAAUCGAUCGUCGUGGUACACCGGGAAUCCAUAUCACCCUUCUUGGGCCGUUCGAUAACGCAGUGAGGUUCGAGAUAAAACGAACACCCGCACUCUGGCGAAUAAUCGCGAGGCACGUUUCGCCUGAUAGGCACCAGGGGAAUCGUUCGUCCAUCGUUAACGAUAACACGAACGUGCAACCAGCCGUCGACCAGUCGACUUGAAUUGCUCUCUAGAGCCAACGAAAGGGCCGUGGGGCUGAAUCCGUUCACUCAUCCGCUCGACUGUUUAGACGUGUUUCGAUAAAUUUUGGAAGCAAGGGAGGAAAAAUCCAAACAAAACAUAAAAUCACUGCCAUAUGCACCAGCACCACCACCGCCUAACAGCCUUGUGACCGCGCAGCAGCAGCAACACGUUCAACAGCCCGAACCGAUCGAUCGAUAAUGACAAAAUAGUUCCGUACACCUUCAAAAAAAAGGCCCGCAUAAAGGUCAAAUCCAGCGAAGGCCGAUAUUGAUGCACAUGCAACCGGCACUUACCGGUGGUCAGAGUGGAGCACCAGGAACCACGCGAUUCAUUUGAAGGUGGCCCGCGGAAUCGUUGAAGGUCAACGACGUACACACGUACGCGGUACGAAGCGGUCAAAAUCGUGUUCAUAAAAAUGUGUUCCACGAGUGGCAGAACGUUCUCUAGUACCACCACCACUACAUCGACCGCCGUCCUUGGUGUGUUAGUCGUGCUUCUAGCGUUCCUAGCCACCGACCGUAGCCUUUGCAGUGCACUCCAUCCAACCAACAACAACAACAACAGUUCCGCGAGCAGUACGGUCAGUACCGUCACCGAAGAUCUCCCCGAGAACGCUACUAGCGACAGCAACAGCAGCAGCAUAAGUAGCAGUACCAUUAGUAGUAAUUCCAUCGAUGUUGAAGCCACGACAUCACCGGUUCCGCCACAACAAGCACCGGCAGGUGGCACAAAGGCAGGUUCAAAGACCGGUGCCCGGUUAAAAGAUGGUUACGGAUGGCCUACGCCGGAAGGUGGACAGAUACCGCUGGAGCGGUUACCGUCCAACACGCUGCUCAAGUACACCGCCUACAAGGACGUCUCGAUACUGCACUUCCGCAUCCCGACCGACACCCGGACGGCCCUGUUCAGCUUCAAGGCGUACGAGGAAUCCAAAGGUGCCUUUCAGCGUAACUGCAAACCGAACGACAUCACGCUGCACCUGAAGGCGGGCAGCUAUCCGGUCAUCAGCCCCGAGAACAUCACCUUCCCGAAGCACUUUCUCGAUGCGGACGAGCGAUUCGAAAUACACAGCCUGCAGUUCAAAUCGGACAGCACCACACGCCGGUUAAGCAUCGAGGGACCGCACCCGGGCAACUGGUUCGCCGUGGCCUUUAUCAGCUGGACCGAUCCGAACAAUGAGCGCAUCGAGCAGCAAGGGCUGGCUGCAUCCUGUGAAACGCUGCUCAUGUCCGAGAUGGCGGUAGUACGCGUCACACCCCAGAUCCUGCACGUUGGCAUGCGGCAUCCGGGCGCUCUGGCAUUGCCGGCGCGCGACCAGACCGCGGCCAACCAGAGCGAACCCAACACGUACAAGUUCUUCGUGCCGGCUGGUGUGGCCAUCGUCACCUGGCGGCUUCACAUCACCGACAUCUGCCUCAACUGUACCGAUGUUACGUUCUUCGUGCAGGCACACGGGCUACCGACGGGGCGCGACUACCUCCAGAACGCGCUCAUCUGCCCCAACCAAACCGGUGACGUCAGUAUCGAUUUCUAUCCGCACGAGAGUGCCUGGCAUUACGUGGAUCUAGACUUUCUAAGGCCAGACGAGAAGCUGGCGCCGAGCGUGAGCGCCAAAAACGCCACAUCAGCGACGGUUGCUCCACCAACAGCAGCGAAUAGGUCACUGGAGGAAGCAUUAGAGCCGGAGGUCGUGGAGUACUUUCGCUUCACGAUCGAGCUGAUCUAUCACAUGCUAGAGGACGACGGUGACAGUAACGAGCGCACCAACAAUGAGUUGCUACCAUCCGUAGAUCCUACACCGACCGAUGGAACGGCUGGAGAGGUGACAAAGUCACUGCCAAGUCGUACCUUCGAUCGCUAUCCAGUUCUACGGCAAACGUACCGGGAGUUUUUCAUGUUCGACUACGAUCUCCUACCGGACGUGAACGGCACCGUGCCGGUAACGCUCAACCUAACCUCCGGCAUGCCCGCCCUCAUGAAGUUCGACGUAAACGAUGUGUACGAUAUCGGUGGUACGCUUAGCUUCGCCGUGGCCAUGCGGCAGGACCUAAAGGCGAGCCUGAUCGAUGCACGGCACCAGGAGUCCACCAACGAGCACGCCGGUGUCGUCGCGGAGAAGCUGGUUGAUGUGCAGGAGGAAGAGUUUAUACCGGAGUUACCGGUCACCAUGACAACCGCUACCACGACCACGACGACGACGACCUCGCAUGCCGCGAUCUUAACGGCAAGCACCACAGCAACCGACGAUGAUACGGCGUCCGAAAACCGUGGGUCAUCGUCACCAUCGUCUUCUGGUGCUGCCGCGAGUGCCAACAGUAGCGCCGGUAAAGCCAACCAAACCGUGAUCGUCUGUCUACGGUUAGAGGAACCGGGUAUACCGACCUGGCCGGACAAGUGUGUCUAUGGGCGGCACAUUUACCCAGCGGCGAUCGUCAUCAACAACACGGAUGCGGACACAAACACGGGCCUGGUCCAUGUGCCCUUUCCCGAACCGGGCAGCUGGUACGUGACGCUCGGACUGUUCUGCCACGGACCGGAUCUAACAGCCCGGACGACCAUCAUCGACAGUGUGAAGGACUUUAUCCGCACGUACCGCAGUUCACUGGAAGCGAUGCGAUCACCCUGUUCCUGUGCCGCGCGGCUCGCGUACUACCGGACGUGCGUUGCCGAUGAGCGGUGCCUUGGGGCGCUCAAUGAGACGGAAACGCUGAAAGUCAAGGAGUGCCUCAUGGAUGCGAAGUGUAGUGGCAGUACGGCACAGUCGGAGCGAAUGGCCCGGCGGUUCGAGCUGCACCACAAGUACGUGACGGAGCAGAGCGCUGGCGCGGGCGGUGGUACGGUUGGCAAUCCGGAGUGUAACUCGAGCGUCGUCUUCACCAUCUCGUCCAGCCCGUGUGUGGCGGGACGGUGUGGCCGGUUCGGCCGCUGCUACCACUACAUGUCCGGUGGGUUCGUCUUUUCCACCUGUCUCUGUCUGCGCAACUACCGGGGCUGGGAUUGUACCGAGGACUCGCAGGUACCGUCCAGUGCGUCCAUUCUGCUCGCCUCGCUCCUGCUCACGCUGUCCAAUCUGCUGUUCCUGCCGAGCAUCUACUAUGCGGUCCGGCGCGGUUACCACAGCGAAGCGAUCAUCUACUUCUUCGCCAUGUUCUUCUCCGCGUUCUACCAUGCGUGCGAUUCGGGCGAGGAAGAGUUCAGCUUCUGUCUGGUGAAGAUCGGGGUGCUACAGUUUUGUGACUUUUACUGCGGACUGCUCGCCAUCUGGGUGACGCUGAUCGCGAUGUCGAACGUACGGCAUCAGCUCGUGUCGCUGCUGCACGUACUCGGUGCUAUCCUGCUGGCGUUCGGCACCGAACUGAACAAGCAGUCGCUGUGGGUGUUCCUGGCACCGGCCCUAACCGGCAUCUGUCUCAUUUCGGUCAGCUGGGGGUUACGGUGCCGCAAGACGAAACGUUGCUUUCCAUCGCGGAACUAUCUGGCGCUCUAUCUACCGGUCGGCAGCGUGCUGGUGAUGGUGGGGCUCGUAUGUUUCGCUUUUCUGCAAACGAAACAAAACUACCACAUCGUCCACUCGAUCUGGCACAUGGUGAUGGCACUCAGCAUCCUUUGCCUGCUGCCGGACCGCAAAACAUUCCAUCCAAAGUGCUAGCAUACGGUCAGCAUCUAUCUGCUCAACUCGGGCUCACCGUCGUCCGCGACCCAAUCGUCAACGGCGUCCACCUCCUCGUCGGCUUCUUCAUCGUCCUCGUCGGCGACGGCUGGAAACUCAAUGUCCACCUCUACUACCACCAGGCCAGCGGUGACCGGAGGUGUUCCUUUGCCCCCGACGGUGACGGCAACCAUUACCACCAUCACCGACGAGCAUGGAACACUGCGAGCACCCGUUACGCCGAUCGAUACACACUAGAGGCCAGGACGCUAGCCUCACUCAUCGAUUCCACGAUCGCUCUCGGUUGCUGGAAGAUUAGAGAGAGGAUAAAGUAGCGAGGCGCAAUGGAGGGGGAGAGCACCUUUGAGAGCACCUGAGAUAGAUAGAUGCCAACAUCCGGAACCGAGUCCACGGAUGCAUCAGAAGAAACCCGCAACCAUCGGCACCGGCUGCCUUGGGGGUUUCGCUUUUCGCCUUCACAUUCGUACCGCCCCCGUAUUCCGAAAGGUGCCGCCGGUGCCACCGCCGCCGCCUGUACAGUCCAGUAGAGAGUGUCCCGUUCCCAUAGGCAGUUACUGUUACUGCAUCUUGCUGCAGGAUAUUUCGCUCAGAUCCAAUCCACCAACGUUUUUUCUCUCACACCAACCGUUCCUCUAGUGCACCCUGUCCGUUACUUCGAUAUCGAUGUGCGAUGAUACGCCGCCU